UUUCUGCUGGAAUUGACCCCGCAGUGGCGCCCACUAUUCAGCCUUUUAGACGAAACAACACAUAGCGGAUCUUCCUUUCUUCCGUAUAACCAGAACCCUAAUUCUUGUAUUAUCACCUUUAAUCCCUGUCUAUCAGAAUUAAAUAUCCAUGUCUCAAACUGAUGCGGUUCUGGUUUUGGUUCUUCUGAGUUCAUUUCUUCCAUGGAUCUCCGGAUCGCGUUCUAUCCUCCGUGAAAUAAGCAAAGACAAUAAAGAAGAGGUCGAGUACGCGGUUGAACUGAACACCACUAGCUUCGAUGCGGUUCUCGGGAACACGCCUGCCACCUACGCCGUUGUCGAGUUCUUCGCGAAUUGGUGUCCUGCAUGCAGAAACUAUAAGCCCCAUUAUGAAAAGGUUGCAAGGCUCUUCAAUGGACCUAAUGCAGUGCAUCCUAGUAUUUUAUUGAUGACAAGGGUGGACUGUGCAUCGAAGUUAAACAAUAAACUCUGUGAUAAAUUUUCUGUGGCCCAUUAUCCUACGCUAUUUUGGGGUCCUUCUUCAAAGUUUGUAGCUGCUAGUUGGAAACCCAAGCAAGAGAAGAGUGAAAUAUCUGUAAUUGACGAUGGACGGACAGCUGAGCACUUGCUUAAUUGGAUCAAUAAGCAGUUAGGCAGCUCAUAUAGCUUGGAUGAUGAGAAGUUCGAAAAUGAAUAUCUUACAUCAAAUUUGUCAGAUGCUGGACAGAUUGCACGAGCUGUAUAUGAUAUUGAGGAGGCAACAACUACUGCCUUUGACAUCAUCUUAGAGCACAAGAUGAUCAAAUUGGAAACUCGAGCUUCUCUUAUAAAAUUCCUUCAGCUUUUGGUGGCUCAUCAUCCUUCCAGAAGGUGCAGGAAGGGAAGUGCGGAGGUUCUUGUAAACUUCGAUGACUUGUACCCAUCAGCUGUGCAGUCAAUAAGCAAGCCAGAUGUCGUCAUGGGUAAUGGUGAUGGUGCGCUGAGGAAUUUCCAGAUUUGUGGGAAAGAAGUCCCUCGUGGAUACUGGAUGUUUUGCCGUGGCAGCAAAAAUGAUACAAGGGGCUUCAGUUGUGGACUAUGGGUUCUAUUGCAUUCAAUCUCUGGGAGAAUUGAUGAUGGAGAGAGCCAAUUUGCAUUUGAAGCUAUAUGUGAUUUUAUACACAACUUCUUCAUUUGUGAGGAGUGUCGUCAACAUUUUUAUGAGAUGUGUUCUAGUGUUACUAGUCCUUUCAAGAAAUCCCGGGACUUGGCCCUUUGGUUGUGGAGGGCACAUAAUAAAGUCAAUGAAAAAUUGAUGAAGGAUGAAGCUUCGCUGGGAACUGGUGACCCCAAGUUCCCGAAGAUUAUGUGGCCUUCAAAGCAGCUUUGCUCUUCCUGUUCGCUCUCUCGUGGCCAGAAAGAUAAUGGAAGUGGUCGGGUUGAUUGGGACGAGGAUGAGGUUUUCAAGUUCUUGACAGAGUAUUACGGGGAAACGCUAGUAUCCUUGUAUAAGGAAAAAGGUCUUCUUGGGAAUGGCGCAACUGAUGGGGUUCUUGAAGAGCUGGUGGCUUCAACGAAUGCAGUCGUGGUGCCAGUGGGGGCAGCGCUGGCGAUUGCUUUUGCUAGCUGUGCUUUUGGAGCUCUUGCUUGCUACUGGCGUUCACAGCAGAAGAGUCGGAAGCGAAGAAGAAAGCUGGACGUAAUAUAGUUGAGAAGUGAUGAUACCAAUACAAACAAGGUGAAGAUCUGAAGGUGCCCAAUUUAUGGUGCCCAAUCAGGUGAAAUCAGACACUAAAAGGGAAACCAAGAUUGCGUUAAUUAUGUCAACUGGCAUGUCCGUUCCAUAUAGCUGCAGAGUUUUACCUGAACGUUUUUUAUUUGGAUUGUACAGAUUAAUAUCAUUAUCUGAUAUUUGGAACGACGUUGCCUUUAAUUGCGGACUUGUAUUGCCAUUUAAUAUCACAUCCUAUCCAUCAUUUAUCCACAAAA